CAAAACGCGAAAAUCCCUAAAACGAUAGUCCACUUUCCCAUCCGUUCUGUUUCUCAGGUUCCUCGCUCCAUCGAAUCGAAUCGAAUUUCCCCCGAGUCCCCAACUCUCCUCCCCAUCCCCGGAUCGCCCAGGCCUCCUACGACCCGCGCCCACCAUUCGAGGAGGAGGAAGGGCGGAGGAGGAGGCCAAAGACCGCCGCCGCUGCCAAUGGCGCUGCCGGUGGCGAAGCUGGGGACGCUGUUGCUGCGGACGCUAUCCAAGCCCAUCGCCAGCCGCCUCAAGAGCCAGGCCGCCGUCCACCCCAAGUUCCGCGACUUCAUCGUCAGUAUCGCUCAGGUAAACCAUCGUAUCACCACAAGGAUACAGAGGCGCAUUUAUGGUCAUGCAACAAAUGUGGAGAUCAGGCCUUUAGAUGAGCAGAAAGCAGUACAAGCUGCUACAGAUCUCAUUGGAGAAGGCUUCAUCUUUUCGGUUGCUGUCGCAGCUUUAAUUUUUGAGGUGCAAAGAAGUGCAAGGUCAGAGGCUAGAAAGGAGGAAGCUCGUAAACAGGAACUUGAGGAAUUGAGACAAAGAGAAGAGAGGUUAGCUAAAGACUUGGAAGAUCUUAAACUCAAGCUGGGUGAACUUGAGCGCCUAGCCAAAGGACGAGGCCUUUCUGGAAUAUUGAACUUCAAAGGUGUCAGUGGAGGAGAAAGCGGCAAGGCAGCAACACCAGCUUGAUAUAUCAGUUCAACUUUGGUCAGGAAAAACAGGAUGUUGGUGUUGCCAAGAUGAUGCGCACGGCACCUGAAAUUGGCUAAUCGGUUUCCUAAUUCUUGUGUCGCAUUUCCAUGAUUCUAUUUGACAUGCCCAUUGUUUCGGUGAGUUGGAUCAAAUUUUAUGGUGAUUGAUCCAUUAGACACGCUGAAAUAAUACACUGUAAGGAAAAAAUCUGGUUACUUCUGUGCAAGUAACCCCAGAGCAAGAUAUAAAGAUGGAUGCAUUUUUCCUUCGGCUCGUUAA